AUGACUCCCGCUCCAGCUAUAGUCCACGGCCCUACUGAGCCCGCGCUCUGGCACAAGACCCUGGGCGAGCUGAUUGACGAGCAGGAAGCUCGCUAUGGCCCGCGCGAGGCAGUCAUUGUGCCCUGGCAGUCCGUUCGCCUCACAUACAGCCAAGUGGCCCAAAGGAGUCGGGUUCUGGCCCAAGCAAUGCUCAACAUGGGCUUGCAACCGGGCGACUGCGUGGGCAUUUUGGCAGGUAACUGCUACCAAUAUACGGAGGUCUUCCUCGGUGGUGGUCGCAUCGGCUGUCCUGUGGUGGUGUUGAACAAUACCUACACCCCUGAGGAGUUGACAAGAGCUGUUCGUCAGAGCUCAUGCAAACUUGUUUUCAUCAGCCCUACAAUCGGAACACGAAGCCUGGCUGGCCAUGUGGACGCCCUUCGUGGAAAGCAGUCCCUUAACCCGAGACUCCCUGAGCUGCGUCGAGUAGUGCUCAUCGGGGAGGGACUCUAUGGCCAAGCUGGCGUGGAAGUGCAAUCCUACGACACUUUUACGCGCAAUUCGCAACCUAGCUCCAGAGUCCAGGCAGAGAUUGCCCGAAAGAUUUCCCCGGAGGAUGUCCUCAACCUACAGUUCACUUCAGGUACAACGGGCUCUCCGAAAGCCGCUAUGUUGACCCAUACUAACAUCCUCAACAAUGCCCGUUUUGUUGGCCAAGCGAUGGGCCUGGGACCAGAAGACGUGGUCUGCUGCUCACCUCCAUUGUUCCACUGCUUUGGACUUGUCCUGGGGUUUCUGGCUUCAUUCUGCCAUGGCAGUAGCAUCAUCUUUGCGUCGGACUUUUUCGACGUCAAGAGGACUGUCCAUGCAAUUCUCACGGAGGAUGCGACGGUCAUCUUAGGCGUGCCGACCAUGUAUAUCGCCGAGCUGGAGGUGCUGGCCCAGCUCGGCAAGAAGCCACGACGCCUGCGAACGGGCCUAGCGUCGGGGUCCAGCGUGUCGCAAGCCCUGAUGAACCGGCUCCGCGAAGAAAUGGGAGUCGAGAGAAUGCUGAUUGCAUAUGGGAUGACGGAAACGAGUCCCGUCACUUUUAUCACGGGGUUGGAUGACUCCGAUGAGAAGCGGACGUCGACGGUAGGCAGAGUCAUCCCCCAUACGGCUGCCAAGGUGGUCGAUCGCAACGGCCAGAUCCUGCCGCGAGGGCAGCGGGGAGAGCUCUGUACCAGUGGAUUCGCAUUACAGAAGGGCUACUGGCGGAAUGAGGAGAAGACGAAGGAGGUCAUGCGGCCGGAUGAGAACGGGGUGCUCUGGAUCCACACGGGCGAUGAGGCUGUGAUUGAUGACGACGGAUACGCCUCCAUCACUGGUCGUAUCAAGGAUCUUAUCAUUCGAGGCGGGGAAAACAUCUUUCCCGGGGAAAUCGAGGAGAGACUGAUGGCCCAUCCCGCCAUCAGCGAGGCCAGUGUGGUGGGCAUCCAGAACGAACGGUAUGGGGAAGUCGUCGGUUGCUUCCUGAAGCCGAUUGAGGAGGGCUCAAGGCUGGACCACGAUGAAAUCCGGCGGUAUGUCAGUCAGACUCUGGGUCGUCAUAAGGCGCCCCAGCAUAUCUUCUGGAUCGGCGAUGCGGGCGUCGGCGAGGAUUUCCCCAAAACCGGCAGUGGAAAACACCAGAAGCACAUACUGCGCGAUUUAGGAAACCGGUUGGUCAAGCUGGACAGUGUACGGGCUAGAUUAUAA